AUGCCUAAAACAUUUAUCUUCGCUUCUGGUCAACUUUUAACUUUGAAAUACAAGCAAAUCGCCAGAAUCCCGUAUUUAACAGCUCUCGUUUCAUCAGCGAAUAAUUUCAAAACAAUCUAUAAUGAACAUGGUCACCUUAAAAUUGAUUCACAUAUUGACUUUGAAGACUUUUCUUUCGCCAUUGAAUCUCUUUCAUUUCAAUCUAUUCGUCAAACAUUUACUCACUUACCUAAACAUCGUAAUAUCAUACGUAUCAUUGCCCUCCUUGAUUUUCUUGGUCUUCUAUCUCAGACAGAUACUACAUUUGCUGAGAUAGAUUAUACUUUUUUCACCGCACAUCUUCCGUGUAAUUUAAGAUUAUGUAGUGAUGAGGAAAUCGUUCGACCACACACACUUCAAGACAUGGCUGUUCGUUUUGGUAUUGCUAUAGUCAAAGAGAACUAUGAUCUGAAUCAAUGUGAGGUCAAUGAUCAAAUCUAUUGGUUUAUCAUGUUCGUUCUAUGUGCACCGAAAUUCUUCGGACAUCGUCUUCGUUAUCAUAUAUACAAAAUCGCUCAAAAUUCCUUUUCUUUGUACAACAUUGUCUCUCUUAAACGUCUUGAGAAACUUGUGCGAAACACAGAAAAAAAUACAAGAGAACUGCUAUCAACUGAAACUAUCAAUGAUCUACAUCCCGACGAAGAAAUUGGAGAUUUUUGGCAAAUGUCGACGAAUCAUUUCUACUUCUCAUGGUUUUUCCAUUCUACAAGAAAUAGAAGAACACGUUGGAAACUACCAACGCAACAAGGUAAGAUACAGAGACGUGAGCGACCUAUGGUGUGGUUUCGUUGGGUAAAUACACCAAGGAAAUACAUCAACGUGUAUCACACAUCAUGUGCGAUCGAUUAA